AUGAAAUCAUACUCAAAAUUAUAUAAUAAAUAUGUACCAAUAUUUUCUUUUGAUAACAAUGAAAAUAAGUGUAAAAAAUCUGUAUUAUUAAAAUAUUUAAAUUGUAGGUACAAUUUUGUGUUAAUAUUUGGAAUAAUAUUAUAUAUCUUUUUACUAAAUAUAAAUAUAUAUGAUGAUAGAUAUGGUUCAGAAUAUAUUAUAAUAUUCAAUAGAAAUUUAAGCGAAACGAGUAGUUCUAUAAGUUCAGGAAAUAAGAAUGAAAGGUUAUUAGAAAUAAAUAAUUUUACUAAUACUCAAAAGAAAGUAAAUACUUAUGACAAGGGAUUAAAUAGUUUGUUUAAAAAAAGUGAAAAGUAUUUAGAGAAAUUUAUUAACAAUGAUAUGUCAAAAAGAUCAUCUAAAUCUAAAACAGAUGUAGGAUCUAAGGAACCAAUAAUAUAUAACAAUAUAGGAGGUUCUAAAAUGUCAGGUACAAAAAGUAAUGUAAUAGAAUCUAAUGUUUCAAGUACAAUAACGAAAUCUUUAGAAAGAAAUGAUUCGAAUACAAAUAUACAGGAAAAAGUUCCUAAAGAAUCUAAAAAUACCAGAAAAGAUGUAAGAACUAAGAAUGUAAAUACAAGUAAGAGAAAUGAAGGACUUAAUGAUAUAAAUGAAUCAGAAAAAACAAGAACAAGAAGGCCAUCAACAAAAUCAAAUAAUAAUAAUGUAUCAUACGAGAAUGAAUUAGAGAGUGUAUCUGAAUCGUUUGAUAACUUUUUGGAGGAUCAUAUGAAGGAAGGUGUUUUUUUAGAUGGGGAAAAAAAAACAUCACAUAGGAAAGAAGUUGAUGAUGAAAAAGAACAUAACAGAUAUGAUAAUAAGGAAAAGAAAAAAAAAGAUUUUGAUAAAAGGAGAACAAAAUUUUCAUCUUCUGAUAACAGAUAUAAAUAUGCAGAUACAACAUAUUAUGAUAUAUUAAAUGUAAGUCCAGAUGCAGAUUCAAGUGAAAUUAAAAGAAGCUAUUAUAAAUUAGCUUUAGAGUAUCAUCCCGACAAGAAUCCAGGAGAUGAAGAAGCAAAAGUAAAAUUUCAAAAAGUAAAUGAAGCAUAUCAAAUAUUAAGUGAUAAAGAAAAAAGAGCUCAAUAUGAUAGAAUGGGUAUGCAGUGUGUUGAAGACAUGACAUUGAUUGAUCCAUCUCUUUUAUUUAUGAUGUUGUUUAGUUCAGAAAAGUUAUGUGAUUAUAUUGGAGUAUAUGAUUUAACGUAUAUGUUUAAUUUUAUAAUGAAAUCAAUGAAUGAAGAACACGGUGGCGGGCUCAUGUUUAAUAUGUUGGGAUUAAUGAAUAAGUUUUUUGAUAAAUUUAAGAAGGAUCAAGAGGACAGGGAAUUUGAUUUGGCAGUUUCUUUAAAAUAUAGGUUAGAAGGAUAUGUAAAUGGUGAUGAUGAUUGGGAAAAACAAAUGGAAAAUGAAAUAGAAGAUUUACUUGAAUCGAAUUUUUCUGGUCAUAUAUUAGAAUCUGUGGGCUGGAUAUAUGAAAAUGUAGGAAAAUGUUAUAUAUUAAAAAAUACAACAUUUAUGGGAUGGGGUGCAAGAUCGGCAAAAAAGGAAUAUAAGAAGAGAGAUAGAAUGAAUGACAAACGAGUUUUUCGAAGUAUAUUUAAUACAAUGGGUAUGAUAGCAAGAUUUGUGUUGAAUCCUCCUCCAUUUAUGUUAGAAGGGCAAUAUAUGAAUUAUAAUAACAUGGGACAAAUUACAAAUAAUGAAAAUACAAGUAAUAGUUGUAUUGUGUGUAGUAGUAGUAAUAGGGGACCUCAUGGUGUACAAAACAUUAAUGGAUUAGGUAAUUAUAGUAAUGCAAUGGCAGUGGAAACAUAUAUCAGAAAAAUAUUUGAUUCGUUAAUGUCAACAAUAGUUACUUUAUUUUUGAGUAUUAUCGAAGGAACUGUUAGAACAAGUUGUAAAAUGGUUUUAGUUGAAUUAGAUGUGGAUAAAGAUACCUUGUUUAAAAGAGCGGAGGGUAUGAAAUUAUUAGGGCAAAAGAUGCAAAAAUUGGCAAAAAGAAAAAAAGAAAAAAGUGCAGCAAAGGAAAUGAAUUCUAUGGAUAUUAUAGAAAAAGCUAUAAAGGAAGCAAAAUUAAGAAUGGAAUCGUAUAGGGAGGAAAAUUGA